AACAGGCCGGACGUCGGACCCUGAUGACCAGAGAAGAUCAACUUAGCAGACCAACAUUACGACAAUCUCAGCUUUAAAGCUGUAAGGUGGAUUGUAUUUUAAUCAUGGCUCCCAGGAACAGGAUCAUCUUCGACACCGAUCCAGCAGGUGUCGAUGACAUGCUGGCUAUGCUGCUUGCUUUAGCGUCAUCGCCUGAAGAGCUCGAGAUUGUUAUGCUCUCCGUCACGUACGGCAAUGUGCCCCUCAAGAGCUGUCUGAAGAAUGUCGUAUCCCUAUUCCAUGUUUUAGACAAGGAGAUCGCAUGGCGCAGGGCUCAAGGCAAGCCUCAAGGAUUCGAGGUGCUGCGGGCUUUCAAGCCCAUUGUCGCCAUUGGGCCCGAGCAUGCCCUAGAGGAAGAGAUCCUCGCAGAAGAUGGCUUCCACGGCGCUGAUGGCUUACACGGUGUACAUGAGGCUCACCCGCACCUCAGCCCUGCAGAGACCUGGAAGUCCUUGUUCGAAGAGGGCGUGCCGAGCGCUGCUGAGGAUCCUUCAUACUAUUCUCAUUUCAUUCCAUCUAGGACACCGGCCCACAAGGAGAUACUUCGUAUUCUUAAGGAAGAGCCCGAAGACACCAUUACCAUCUGCGCCGUUGGCCCCAUGACCAACAUAGCCAUGGCGGCAGCAGAGGACCCUGAGACUUUCCUCCGUGUAAAGGAGUUGGUCGUUAUGGGUGGAGCUGUGGACGUGGAGGGCAACGUCACCCCGGUGGCCGAGUUCAACACAUUCGCUGAUGCAAUAGCGACAGCACGAGUGUUCGCUUUGACUUCUGCUGUACCGACGUCGACCAUGCCAACUGUACCCCUGACCAAAUCCGGCUUGCCACCGUAUCCAGAGAAGCUGUCCAAGCGGUUGAGACUUAGUUUAUUCCCACUUGACAUUACCACACCGCACCUUCUAAACAAGAGCUUCUUUUUUGACAGCAUCACAACUCAUCUCAAGGAAGGCAGUCCGCUAGCCACUUGGAUCAACACAUUCAUGUCGGGGACCUUCCGACAGAUCGAACGCAUCGUGGGGACCGAUGAAGAGCCCGGACUAUCACUCCAUGAUCCCUUAACUAUCUGGUAUAUGAUCACACACGGUGACCCUGGCUGGAAGUUGGCCAAGGGGGGACAGGAAGAUAUUCGAGUCGAGACGUCGGGCCAGUGGACCCAUGGUAUGCACGUGAUAGAUCGUCGAGGCCGUAAGAGGGCUGGGGAAGGGAUUGCAGUCGGCCUUGGUGUUGACUCACAGGGACCAGACGCCGUGACCAUUGACGAAAUAACUGGUGACGAUUUCGGUUGGUUGAGUGCGAAGAGGGGGAACAGGAUCAACAGAUACGCCGAGAGUCCUGGCACUGACAAGUUCGCACCACUCCUAAUGGAGCGACUAUUCGGCAAGAACUAAAGUAUGGGUGUCAUAACACAGGCGGACCAUUAAGGACCGCAUAGGUGUCAGCAGACCGUUUAGUGUGGUAUCAUUCGGCAGCGCAUACCCUAUUCAGGCCCCAGUUCCUG